GACGACAGUUUAUAAGUUGUCGGAGAACUGCAGUUGGCAGAGACUCUCAGACCUUACACAACGCGACCACUGCCAGCACCAAAGCAGCGAGACCCGGAACGUAGUGAUCACUUGAACGUAACGGGAAUAUGUCGUCCAUCAAAGUGGAAUGUGUUGUGAAGGAGAAAUGUGAAAUUGGCGAGAGUCCGGUUUGGGAGGAAAAGGAGGGCACCCUUCUGUACGUUGACAUAAAUGGCCACAGGGUGAGCAGGUGGAACCCAUCGACCAAUAAGAUUCAGAGUGUGCGCACAGAGAAGUUUGUGGGCUCCGUCGUGCCCCGGAAGUCCGGGGGCUACGUGAUUGCUGAGGGCACCAGGUUUGCUUCUCUGGAUUGGGACAGACAGAAGAUUACCACCAUCGUUGAUGUUCAGGGCGAAAAGAGCAACAACCGCUUCAAUGAUGGGAAAGUCGACCCCGCUGGCAGGUUUUUCGCAGGCACCAUGGCAAUUGAAUCGCGCCCUUCGGUGCUGGAGAGGAAGCAGGGGUCCCUGUACACCCUGCACCCUAACCACACUGUGGUCAAACAUUUUGACCAGGUGGACAUCUCCAACGGUCUAGAAUGGUCCCUGGACCACCGCACCUUCUAUUACAUUGAUAGCUUGUCCUACCAAGUGGAUGCCUUCGACUACGACAUUAACACGGGCAGCAUCAGUAACCGGAGAAUGAUAUACAAGCUUGAGAAGGAGGAGGCCAUCCCUGAUGGCAUGUGCAUCGACACUGAGGGAAAACUGUGGGUGGCUUGCUUCAAUGGAGGCAGAGUGCUGCGCAUUGACCCACAGACUGGCACUCGACUCCAGACAGUGAAGCUCCCAGCUGAGAGGACCACCUCCGUGUGCUUUGGUGGGAAGGACUACUCUGACCUCUACGUCACGUCUGCCUAUGUUGGCAUGGAUGACGCAGCCAUGGCCAAACAGCCUCAGGCUGGCUGCAUCUUUAAGGUGACUGGCUUGGGAGUGAAGGGAAUUCCUGCGUACUCGUUUGCUGGAUAAGCCUGAAGACGGGGCACAGAAAUAAAGACGAGGAAUAGACCAUGUCAGCAAAAUCAGACAUGUCACUACCAACACUCUAGUUAUACGUCUUGUCUUGCUUUUGAGUAAUGAACUAAACCAGACUAGUGCUAAUGUUAAAUCUGAUAUUAAUACAAUUUUAACAUGCAGUGGAAGUUGGCAUGUUGUCUGUUUUUGACGUGGGACUGGGAGUGUUAACUUGCAGGGCUCUGAAACUAUGACGGGUUUUAAUUAGUGAGCCCUGGGGUGAGAUCAUAUUCUUUUAAGCAGCUGUCAGCACUGCAAUUCAUAAUGUAAUUCAACAUAAGAGUUACCUUAGCACAACACCAACAAUAAUGUGUUUUUAAUGAUAUUGCAUACUUUCUCCAGAAAAGCAGGGUCACCCAUUGCCAUAACUUCUAAGACAAUGAAGCUUAAAUAAAGUAUUUGUGCAAAUGUGAA